CUCUGGAAUCCUCCCCUCCUCCCACCCGAGGCCUAGCCGAUCACUCACUCCUGCCUUCACUAACGACACUUUCUAAAGGAAAAUAAAGGAUUAAAUAAAACCCGAUCCACUGACUCCGCGCCCGAAUCUGUCACCAUGAAUGUCUUUAGGUUCCUUGGGGACAUUUCCCAUCUCUCGGCCAUCAUCAUCCUGCUGCUGAAGAUCUGGAAAACCAGGUCCUGCGCCGGUAUCUCCGGGAAGAGUCAGAUCCUUUUUGCAGUUGUAUUCACUACUCGAUACCUAGACCUGUUUACAAAUUUCAUUUCUCUUUACAAUACGUCAAUGAAGAUGGUGUAUAUCGCUAGUUCUUAUGCUACAGUAUGGAUGAUCUACAGCAAAUUCAAAGCUACGUAUGAUGGAAACCAUGAUACCUUCCGCGUGGAAUUCCUUAUGGUUCCUACAGCCAUCCUGGCCUUUCUUGUUAACCAUGACUUUAGUCCCCUGGAGAUUCUGUGGACCUUCUCUAUCUACCUGGAGUCUGUUGCCAUAUUGCCCCAGCUGUUUAUGGUUAGUAAGACUGGUGAAGCAGAGACCAUCACUAGCCACUACCUCUUUGCUUUGGGUAUCUACCGCACCCUGUAUCUCUUCAACUGGAUAUGGCGCUACUACUUUGAGGGAUUCUUUGAUCUCAUUGCCAUUGUUGCUGGGCUGGUACAGACCAUACUCUACUGCGACUUCUUUUACCUGUACAUUACCAAAGUUUUAAAGGGGAAGAAGCUCAGCUUGCCGGCAUAAGAAGAUACAGCACCCAGAGUGCCCUCUUCUGUAGUUUGAACUCUUUCAGCCCACUGAGCUUAGUGGAUGAUGCAGAUACGAGGAAGCUCAUCAGUAAAAUUACAAACUCCAAGGCCUAACGAACCAACGGUGAAUAAGAGCAGCCCUUCACUGUCCGUUAUUCCAGAAGGGAUCCAAAGGGAAAGAGAUUUCCAGAAGAAUAUAUUGUUAUCAAGCUUUCCUUCAACGCUAUUCUUACAGAAAUUAAUCUUUUGACAAAAAGUCUUUUAAGUUUUGGGCCUAAAAUAAAUUUUCCAUUUUUUUUUUCUA